CACUAACAGGGGGCCUGUGGGCUGGCGACGAGUCAGUGCCGAUGUGUCAUCGCUCCAUGACUACUAGGUACUAUAUAGCCGAAGGCGAGUGAUAAGAGCAUCAGGACUCUUCUCGUCGAGACCUAUCAUUGUGGCCGGUUUUGCUCUCAUUCCGUGAAGUUAACUCGACAGGUUUUUCCUUUGUCCAACGUGCCGCGAAGCCCCUCGGUUAAGAUGGCUAUCUUCAGCGCAGUUCCGCCACCUCCGGCGCUUGCUAACUCUCACGACACUGCGCAGCAGCAACAGCAACAGCAGCAGCAACAGCCUAGCAAUCAGCCUAGCAACCAGCCCUCGUUGCCGACGAAUGCCAAUGGUCUCGAUAUCGAAUCAUGGGCUCUCUCAGCGCUCGAGUCCCUGAGCGUCUCACCCCUCGCUCGAGGCACAGGUGCCCCGUUGUCAAUCCCGCUCGACGAGACGAAAGAAAAUGCGAAAAAGAAGGAGAAACCCUCCGUCAGCAUAUAUGACCCGCGUGCGCAAUCCACUGCCAUCACGCCGCCGCCUCGGCCCCCUUCGCGCCGAGACAGCUUAAAGCGCCGCGAAGCGCUGCUCAAGGGGAACGAGGGGAGUCGGCAGCGGCGGCGCUGGGAGAAUGAUCGUCUUCUUCACGUUCCUAACGCAGUCCCACCGGAACCCCAGGAUUAUCUGCCACGCCCCACGCACCCCGUUAACCAUGUCCCCUACCAGAUAGCGGCGGCUUGGGAAUUGCGUGUGCGCGCCGAGGUUGAGUCUCGGAAUGCUGCCCACGCUCGUCGGAAGCAGGCCCACACGCGCACGCUCGGCGUUGAAGGCGUCGCCGGGCGCGUGCCGCGAGAAUUAUGUCAGCGCGCCAAGAAAACACCUGCCGUGCGUACUUGGGUGCGCUCCCUCGAAGAACCGGUCCGCAAGUAUCUGGUAGAGCGCGAGAUGGCCAAAGAGCCAGUGCCAGAUCUGAAGACCGAUGACAGCGAUAGUAGUUUUAGUGAUAUGGAUUCCGAGGAUGAGGAGAUUGUGUUCGUUGGCCGCAACGGGUCUAUGCGCGAUGGUAAGAUGAAAGACAGGGGAGCUCAUGGUCGCAAGGCAGGGCCUGAAGCUAGUACCGCGGGCGGCCAGUGGAAAAGGGCCCGUCGAGAAGAGAAAAGGAGCGGCGCGACCCAGGACGAGGGCAUGCUGUUCGAUGCUUUCGGGGAUGAAGAUGGUGGUGCCUUUAGGCGCUGGAUUACCCACUCCAUCUCGGAUUACUAUGGCUUACAAUCGCGCUCCGUGCUUGUCGGCGAGCCCAAACGCAAGGUCGUUUAUGUUGGCAUUAAGCAGAUGAAGACGGGGCACACGCCGCCUGUUCGCGCCGACCUUCCACGACCUCUCUGGGAGCUUUGUUAAGCGAUGAAGAUGGCAUGGUGCGCACACAGAUAUUUCGUUAUAGGUGAUUGGUUGUAAUGGGUUUGUAUUUAUCGGAUUAAAAGAAAUAACGUGUUGUAGAUCGGUUUGUAUAUUCGCAUCACAGGAGGUAAUUUCAACUAGAAAUCAGCAUUGAGGCAGUUAUAUCUUUCGCCAGUUUUAGAUAGAUUAUACAGUGAUGGUAGACCCCAUGGAGAAUCAGCUUAUAAUAAACCCAAUACCUUAUUUCUCUCACUAAAAGUCAAUAUC